UUUUGGAAUACUACGUCGUUUCUCGAUUUCUUCCUAAUCGGCGACCUAAAUCGAUUUCUCCUCUCUAUCAGUGACGACGACAGUCUUAUUAGAAUCUUCCAGACGAAACCACACUCUUCUUCUUCUUCUUCAUUCUCUCUUUUUAUUUCUCCUUUGUUUCAACGCACCUUCCUCGUCUCAGAUCGUGUGACUAGCGAACUCUGUUUCUCCCGCGAAAUACUCUCUGUUACUAUACUAACAAGCUACGAAAAAUCUGACAAUGGCUGAUCAAGCUAUGACUGAUCAAGAUCAAGGAGGUGCUGUUACUCUCUACAGCGGCACUGCCAUUACCGACGCUAAGAAAAACCAUCCCUUCUCUGUUAAGGUUGGAUUAGCUCAGGUGCUUCGUGGCGGCGCUAUUGUUGAGGUUUCUUCUGUUAACCAGGCUAAGAUCGCUGAAUCCGCCGGCGCAUGUUCUGUUCUCGUCUCAGAUCCGGUUCGAUCUUGCUCUGGUGUUCGUCGUAUGCCCGAUCCCGUUCUCGUCAAAGAAGUGAAACGAGCUGUUUCUGUUCCGGUGAUGGGACGAGCUCGCGUUGGUCAUUUCGUCGAGGCUCAGAUCUUGGAAUCUCUUGCCGUUGACUACAUUGACGAGAGCGAGGUCAUCUCUGUUGCGGAUGAUGAUCAUUUCAUCAACAAACACAACUUCCGAUCCCCGUUCAUUUGUGGUUGCCGUGAUACAGGAGAGGCUUUGAGGCGUAUCAGAGAAGGUGCUGCUAUGAUCAGGAUCCAAGGUGAUUUAACUGGAACAGGUAACAUUGCCGAGACUGUGAAGAACGUUAGGUCAUUGAUGGGUGACGUUAGGGUCCUGAACAACAUGGAUGAUGAUGAGGUGUUCACGUUUGCUAAGAAGAUCUCAGCACCGUAUGAUCUUGUUGCUCAGACUAAGCAGAUGGGUAGGGUUCCUGUGGUUCAGUUCGCAUCAGGUGGGAUCACGACUCCCGCCGAUGCAGCCUUGAUGAUGCAGCUAGGUUGUGAUGGAGUCUUCGUGGGUUCAGAGGUGUUUGAUGGUCCAGAUCCGUUCAAGAAACUUAGGAGCAUUGUUCAAGCUGUUCAGCAUUACAAUGAUCCUCAUGUGUUGGCGGAGAUGAGCUCUGGUCUGGAGAAUGCAAUGGAAAACUUGAGUGUUCGUGGUGACAGGAUUCAAGAUUUUAGCCAAGCAAGUGCUUGAUGGGAAGGUUCAAUUCGCAAACUUUUUGGGACUUCAAAAGUUGUAAUCUUUUUCUUUUUUGGUUCGACUCUCAGAAUAUCGGAUGUGGUUUUUGUGAAUGCUGGUGCAAAUGAUCUUUUUUCUGUUUGAUCGAAGCUUGGAACAACUAAAAACCCUAAUGAAAGUUGCAGAAUUUUGGAGAAA